AUGGAAGAUAAAGCAUAUAAUUUAAGAAAUAGGUCUACCACAACCAACAAUGAUACUAGCAACCAAGAUGCCGUAAGCAACACCGUACAUUCUAGUCAAGCAACUCUAACCAACGAAACACAUUCAAAUACACUAGUAACUAUAGACACUACAAAUAAUGUUGAAACAAGUAACAAUUAUCAUAAUAUUUUAUUUGGAGAAAUCCCAGAAUCAGUUCUCUUUCAUGGACUGGAAAUCGAUAGAAAUCCAUUAGAAACAGACGUUAUUGAGGUUAACGACAGUGUAGGUUCUGGUUCUAAUCCUAAGAUCAAGAUGGCGGAUCUGGAUCGUCAGACAGAAAAAGGCAGUAUGACGUCACGUGACAAAAUGUGUACUACUCCCAGCGACCAGAACGACGAAACAGCUGAUCUGCAGUUGAAUGAACCAAACAAAACUGGCUCACUGACCAAUCCAAUGAAUGAGUCACACCAGCCGAUCGGCAACACUAAUGAUUCCAACAUCCUAACACAAAUUACAUAUUUGUUUCGUGAACUGAAACAAGACAUAAAUCUAGUAAACCAAAAUAUGAACACAAUCAAACAAGACAGUGAUAUACGCUUAAAUGAUCUCAAAAAUGAACUCAACCAAAAUAUUAGUUUGAUGCGAUAUGACCUUCAAAAGGAUAUUAAAUCCAUAGAAAAUAACGUAAAUGCUAUUUCUCACGAAAUAACUAAUCUCAAAUCAGAUGUUCAAACCGUAAAGUCUGAAAUUGAAGCUAUCCACAAUACCUUAUCUGAACACUCACUCAAAAUAAAUACUAUUGAAUGA